UGAGCACAGUAUGGUCCACGAAUAGAACUACAUCGAGCGUGUUUGCUUUUAUUGCAGAGUGCUUGUGUGAAAAACUCUAUUGAGAAUGCACAGUUACGUAGAUAGAAACACUGUUCGAGGUUAUUUUUAAGGGUGCUCGACUCUAAGCACGUAUUGCUUAAACAGUAUCUUUUGGAGAAGAGGCAAUGGACUUGCACAUUUUAGACCACAGGCUGAGGGUGACAUGUAUCAACAAAAAUGGCCUGGAAAUGUACACCCACCCACUAAUAAAAUUAAUAUUUCUAAGGCACAGGACGAGAUGCAAAUUCUUCAGUCUGACAGAGACUCCAGAAAAUUACACAGUUGUCCUUGAUGAAGAUGGAUUUAAAGAGCUGCCCCCGUCCCAGCACCUGCAGGUGGAGCGCUCCACCUGGCUGCCUCUCAACGUUGUCUCCAGCAGCAACACCUCUAGCAGCUCACAAGUUGUAGGCGUCACCAAGAUCGCCAAGUCUGUCAUUGCCCCGCUGGCUGAGCAACACGUGUCCGUCUUCAUGCUCUCCACCUAUCAGACGGACUUUAUCCUGGUGCGUGAGAAGGACCUGUCAGUGGUGGUGCACACGUUAGCAGAGGAGUUUAACCUCUACCGGGAGGUGGAGGGCGAGUUUGUGCCCGUGCGCAGCCAGGGCUUGUCUGAUGGCCUCCAGAAGAAUGGCAGAGAGGUCCCUCAUUCCACAGUGCACCCCGUGUUGAUUCCAAAGAACCAGUUCUGCGUGAUGAGUUUGGAUCCUGACACACUUCCAGGCGUGGCCACCACUCUUAUAGACGCCCUCUUCUACUCAAACAGUCCUAAAGAAGAUGGCAGCCCAGCUAAUGAUCUGGAAUGCAUAAAAUUCUUCUCUUUUUCUCUGAUUGAUGGCUACGUCUCCUUAGUGAUGGACACAGAAGCACAGAGACAAUUUCCCGUAGAUCUGCUCUUCACUAGCUCUUCCGGCGAGCUUUGGAAGAUGGUAAGAAUCGGCGGCCAGCCCCUGGGCUUUGAUGAAUGUGGGAUAGUAGCACAGAUUUCUCGGCCUCUAGCCGACAGCGAUAUCUCGGCAUAUUACAUCAGCACGUUCAGCUUCGACCAUGCGCUGGUUCCAGAGGAGGACAUAGUGAAGGUAACGGACAUGCUUCACAGUCAAAGGAAAGGGAUGCUGAAGUGCAGAAGGAAAGACCUAGAAGAGAAUGGACAGUGACGGCUGCUCGCCGAGCAGCCCAGACGACUAACGCUACAAGCACGAGGCUUAACUACUGACCUCACGUCCAAGUCUUCCAUGACAAUAUUUCUAAGCUCGAGCUGGGUCGCGAGAGAUUAUAUCAAGGCGGCGUCCAAUCAGGCAGUGAUCGGGGAACUCUGCUCUGCUCAAAAAAGCAACACUUUACUGUCAUUGAAGCGUUAGCUGACACAGUGGAAUAUCGUCACGUACAUUAAUGAUGCGCACAGUUAGGGUUGGGAGGUGAGGAAAACUGGGGUGCGGGGGGGGUGGGUGCGGUUUGAGCAUUAGUUUCCUUUAUGAGUAAGGGACUUUAAUAUGUACGUCAUAAUUUCACUCGCAACAGGAAACAUUUAUUAGCAUGCCCUUUUAGCCAUUCAUUUCCAUUUUGGUAGCACAAAAACACUAUUAGUGUGUGUACGUCUUUCAGUAUUGUCAUAAGAGAGUGCAUACAUGUGCACGUGCAUGCUUGUGCCAAACUUACUUAGGGUUGAAUGUUUCCUUCGUGAUUUAACGUCAAUUUGGCUACCCCAAGAAAAGUGCACCCCACCACCCAAAAAUGUGUUUCUCCAGCCUCUUGUGUGAACCAUAUUGUAAAUACUUCCAAAUCUAACCAUGUGUGAAGUAAUUUCCUCCUGAAGUCACUGAAUGCCCUUCUUUUAAAGAGAUGAUUUAAGAGUGUACACUAUGGAAAUAUUAGGAGGGUUUCCUUUAACGUAGCAGAAGAGUGAAUUAUUCUCAGCCCCCUCCAGUAGGUGUCUACCCUACACAUGUAUCGGUUUUGAUUUGGCAUUCGUAGCUUUAGACAAGUGGCCUAGUGAGCUUUGAGGUGAGUCAGAUCAAAUAUAUAAAUAGAAUCCCAGGAAGGGGGAUGACGAUGACUGCCAGUUAAUCUAGUUCAAAGCACACUUUAGAAUAAAUCACUCAAUGCCUGUUGUAAAAACAUUUGAUGUGAAAAAUACAUUUAAGAAAAAAAUUACUCUUGUACACUGGAUUUGAUGUUAGACAAUAUGUACAUGGAAAAUACAUAAACACAUGAGAGAGUAUUUUUUUGGGAAUGUGAAUCUUUAAAAAAAAAAACAUCCUGCCCUCAGAUCCAAGUUCUGUAAUAGUUAUUUGUGUUAACAAGGCCUCUUAAGGCCCAGUAUACACAGAUCUGUUGGAAGGGGACAACAGAGUCAUGUGAAGAGCAAGGGCUAUUUUAUUCAUCAGAACAAAGGUGCAUCUUUCUGAAUAUCUGUAGCGAAAGCAAAUCUAACGUGCAUUACAUUGGCAUAGAGGCGUAUUAAACAGAACCACAGGCCACGUUCCACUUUUUUCAUUCUUCAGGAUUUUUUUAAAAAUGAAUGGCAGGGGUCAUUUUAUAUCAAAACACACAUUGUUCAUGUUUAUAGUUGCUGCUCAUUCAAUAAAAUUGUAAUUCUGCAA